AUGUCACUAGUUCCAUUUUUCUUUCAUUUUUAUUGUCUUUAUUUAAUUCGUUUCUUUAUGUAUCUUUCUAAUUCAUUUCCUUCCUUUCCGCUUCCAUCAUUAUUUUACUCGCAUCUGCCCUUAUUUUUACUUGUUCUGUUCAUAUCCAUCUAUUUUUGCUCCAACCACAUUUCUUUAUCUAUCUAUCUAUCUAUCUAUCUAUCUAUCUAUCUAUCUAUCUAUCUAUCUAUCUAUCUGGGAGAAUUAUAUUUCUUUCUUUCUUUCUUUCUUUCUUUCUUUCUUUCUUUCUUUCUUUCUUUCUUUCUUUCUGGGACAAUUAUCUUUCUUUCUUUCUAUCUAUCUAUCUAUCUAUCUAUCUAUCUAUCUAUCUAUCUUGGACAAUUAUUUUUCUUUCUAUCUAUCUAUCUAUCUAUCUAUCUAUCUAUCUAUCUAUCUAUCUAUCUAUCUAUCUGGGAGAAUUAUAUUUCUUUCUUUCUUUCUUUCUUUCUUUCUUUCUUUCUUUCUUUCUUUCUGGGACAAUUAUCUUUUUUUCUUUCUAUCUAUCUAUCUGGGACAAUUAUCUAUCUAUCUAUCUAUCUAUCUAUCUAUCUAUCUUUCUUUCUUUCUUUCUUUCUUUCUUUCUUUCUAUCUAUCUAUCUAUCUGGGAGAAUUAUCUUUCUUUCUUUCUUUCUAUCUAUCUAUCUAUUUAUCUAUCUAUCUUGGACAAUUAUUUUUCUUUCUAUCUAUCUAUCUAUCUAUCUAUCUAUCUAUCUAUCUAUCUAUCUAUCUAUCUGGGAGAAUUAUAUUUCUUUCUUUCUUUUUCUUUCUUUCUUUCUUUUUCUUUUCUUUCUUUUCUGGGACAAUUAUCUUUCUUUCUUUCUUUCUCUACCUGGGACAAUUAUCUUUCUUUCUUUCUUUCUUUUUCUUUUUUCUUUCUUUCUUUCUUUCUUUCUUUCUUUCUAUCUGGGACAAUUAUCUUUCUUUCUUUCUAUCUAUCUAUCUGGGACAAUUAUUCAUCUAUCUAUCUAUCUAUCUAUCUAUCUAUCUAUCUAUCUGUCUUUCUUUCUUUCUUUCUUUCUUUCUUUCUAUCUAUCUAUCUAUCUAUCUAUCUAUCUUUAUCUUUCUUUCUUUCUUUCUAUCUAUCUAUUUAUCUAUCUUGGACAAUUAUUUUUCUUUCUUUCUUUCUUUCUUUCUUUCUUUUAUCUAUCUAUCUAUUUAUCUUGGACAAUUAUUUUUCUUUCUUUCUUUCUAUCUAUCUAUCUAUCUAUCUAUCUAUCUAUCUAUCUAUCUAUCUAUCUAUCUACUUAUAAUUUUUUUUCUUCUUUUUUUCUUUAUUUCUUCCUUAUUAUUUCUAUUUCUUUCCCUUUGUUUCCACUUCAUCAUUUUUUAUUUUUACUCCUGGCUGCCUAUACAUUUUAUUGCUUCUUUCUUUCUUUCUUUCUUUCUUUCUUUCUUUCUUUCUUUCUUUCUUUCAGUUCCUUGUAUAUUUCUUUCUUUUUCUACAUUGUUUUUUUAAUUUGUAGUUCUUUCUUUGUCAUUUUGCCAUCUUACUCAUUUAAUUUUAUUACUUAUUUAUUCAUCAUAUUCCAUCGCAAAUAUUUUUUUUCUUUUUAA